UAUAAAUGUGUACAGGGAAUAUUGCGGCACACAUUAAGACAGAAGUAUGUUCUUGUGCUAUAAAUGAGAGAGAGUUCACGCCAAUGGUAAUGUAGGCACACAAUUACCUAACCUUCGUUCUUCUCUAUCUCUCAUUCUCACUUAUCUAACAUUUUGAAAUGGCUUCACCGAAGAGCAAGAUCUUGUUCAUCGGCGGAACAGGGUACGUCGGUAAAUUUAUCGUGGAAGAGAGCACCAAGGCCGGACACGAGACCUUCGUCUUGGUGCGUGAAUCCACGCUCUCAAAUCUAGACAAGGCCAAGAUCAUCGAUGCCUUCAAGUCUUUGGAAGUCAAAAUCGUCCACGGCGAUCUCUUCGACCACCAUAGUUUGGUUAGAGCGAUUAAGCUAGUUGACGUUGUGAUUUCGACUGUCGGCCUUGCUCAGUUAGCCGACCAAAUUAAGAUCAUCGUCGCCAUUAAAGAAGCUGGCAACGUCAAGAGGUUCUUUCCUUCGGAGUUUGGGAACGAUGUGGAUCGAGUUGAUGCAGUUGAACCAGCCAAAUCGAUGUUUGAGACUAAGGCUAAGAUCCGGCGAGCUAUAGAGGCAGAGGGAAUACCAUACACUUACGUGUCGUCGAACUAUUUUGCUGGUUAUUUUCUUCGUAAUCUCGCCCAAGUUGGUGCCACUGCUCCACCCAGGGAUAAAGUUGUUAUCUUAGGUGAUGGAAACCCCAAAGUAAUUUUUAACAAGGAACAAGAUAUUGGAAUUUACAGCAUAAGAGCAGUGGAGGAUCCAAGAACUUUGAACAAAAGCUUGUACAUAAGGCCACCAGCCAAUAUUUACUCAUUCAACCAACUUGUUGCAUUAUGGGAGAAAAAGAUUAGUAAAACUCUUGAGAAGGAGUAUGUUCCUGAAGACAAACUUCUCAAGACUAUCCAAGAGUCCCCAAUUCCAAUCAAUGUGAUACUAUCGAUCAACCAUUCUGCUUUUGUGAAAGGAGAUCAUACAAACUUUGAGAUAGAACCCUCGUUUGGAGUGGAAGCUUCACAUCUUUAUCCUGAUGUGAAAUACACCACUGUGGAUGAGUAUCUGAAUCAGUUUGUCUAAUAUUGGAGGUUGAGUUAUUGAGGUUGAGGGCUAGAGGAGCCACCCCUCCUCUUGUUUCUAUCUUUGAUUAUUCACUAAUAAGUGAUAAUACACAACAUGUUAGUUUUUGUACUCAACAUCUCUUAGUAAGGCAAAUAUUAUUUAGUAAUCAAGUUUAUUAGAUUUUUUAUGACUUUAUAUAUCCAAAUAAAAUUAUAUAUUAUAUGGAGUACUUACCACAAA